AUGCUACUCUCAAUCUGUCCAAGACCUCUCCGAUUCCCGUGGAAGCGUUCUCCCCGACAGACUGGAGUUCUGUACCAGUCGCCUCACUCGAUUCCUUUGCCGCUCUACGCAUCGGUUUCGAAAGUACUUCCAAUUCUUCCCGUCCUCUUCCGUCGUGUUUUACUAUAUGAAAGCUUGGACCCCGAGCUUUUCCAGAUCAAAGAUGUGAAUAAUGUGCUACUAUGUAUCGCUGCUCUCCAAUUUGGGGCCGCUGUUUUUGGGGCCAACAACAUGACCCUCCGAUACAAAACGUGGCGGGCCCUGAUAGAUGAUCUAGUCCAAACCAGACAUCAAGCAGCAGCCCUCCUGGCAGAGAUUAUGGGAUGUUCGCGAGCCUCCACCCGCCGUACACUCAACACUAUCAAUAUGGCUGUCAGCACAUUUUAUGCACAAGCUCUCUUCCAUCAUCGCCUUUUAUAUCCUCCUUGUCCGCCAUCGACCCUCCAUCGCCUAGCGGUAACAAACAUUGUCGAGAUCGCACGCAAGCAACACAUGUCAGAUCCGCGCCUACUCCGUCGGCUGCAUUGGCCACUCCUAAUGGCGUUGCGCGAGCGUCUUCUCGAGUUGCGCGAGUUCCACUCCGAGUAUCGUUGGGCCAAUGAUAUUGCGGAUGAGGUCCUAGCACGGCAAGUUGCAAGCCAGGGGCAAUAUGCGGAUGUGGCAGAAUCAUUACGCCGACGUUGCAGUCAGUUUACGGAGUAUACCGUCACGAUUUUCGGGGCGACCAAACCACAGCUAAGCGCUGGUCGACAACUUGCAGGCUUACAGCUCCCCAAAGUACCACUAAUUAAUAGGAUCACCCUGUCUGAUAGGCUUUCUCUUUCUCAUUGGUCGAGAUGUGCCAAUGCAUUCCAAUCCUCGCAUCAAUAUAUGCGAUAA